AUGCCUACUCUUGUCGUUCUUGGUGCCGGCCUGGCAGGUCUACCCAUUGCCCACCAUGUCUUGAAGCAUACCGCCCCGCUGGUCAAGGACCUCAAGGUCAUUUUGGUGACGCCCAACUCUGAACACUACUGGAAUCUCGCUUCCGUCCGCGGCGUCGUCCCUGGCCAGUUCGGCGACGACGUGCUCUUCCAACCCAUCGCGCCCGGGUUUGCCCAGUACCCCAAGGAAAGCUACGAGCUCGUCUUUGGCAAGGCCGAGACGCUUAGCGAGGAUAAGAGCACCGUCGUCGUCGCCACCAACGACGGCACCCAACGGACCAUUGCCUAUGACGCCAUUGUCAUCGCCACGGGCACUCAUGCUAAGGAGAACAUGCCAUGGAAGGAAGUCGGCACCACGGAGGAGACCAAGCGGGCCCUUGGCGAAAUCCGCCAGCAGCUCGCCGACGCGAAGACCAUCGUCGUCGCCGGUGGUGGCAUCACCGGCUCCGAGACGGUUGGCGAGAUCGGCUUCGAGUACAACGGCAAGAAGGACGUCUAUUUCGUCUUCAACGACGACCUACCCCUUGGCAAACCCUUCACCGACAGUGUGCGCAAGUCGGCGCUCAACGAGCUGCGCAAGAUCAACGUCAAGACGAUCCCCAACACCAAGGUCACGAGCGUGAGCACUGGAGCCGGCGGACGGAAGACUCUCACGCUCACGGACAAGAGCGGCAAGACGACGACUCUCGAGACGGACGCAUACGUCCCCACCGUCGGGGACGUCCCCAACACAUCAUUCCUGCCGGCGAGCAUGCUGGACGCGCGGGGCUACGUCAACCAGAACGCGAGCCUGCGCGUUCCGGGCCACGACAACAUCUUCGUCGUAGGCGACGUGGGCAAUCUCGAGGACGGGUACGGGCGCAUCGCGGACUUGCAGACGCAGUACGCAGUCAAGGCCAUCCAGGCACACCUUACGGGCGCGCCCAAGCCGGCCGACUACGCCGCCGAUCCCAAGGUCCUGGCUGGCAUCACACUUGGGCGGAGCAGGGCGACGGGCCAGAUGGGCACGUGGAAGCUUCCCAGUCUCGCAAUCUGGCUGUUCAAGGGGCGGUACAUGGGCACCGACUACUCCAAGGACUUUGCUGCCGGAAAGAGGACGUUAACGGUGGCGAAGAACUGGUGA